GUUUUGCUCCAUUCACCCCAUUCAUUCAGCUCUCAUUCGCGUGUUCCCUCUAGCGGUUAGCCGUAGUUUUCUGAGAUAACUGGGGUUAUAUAAAGUGGGCAGGCUCGCUGUAUACGAGCUCUGGCUCUACUCCAGUAAUGUUCUCAGAAAAACAGAGCUACGGCUGACCUGUUGGACAAAUUACAGAUUUGCUGUGCUGCGGAUUAUUACAGACGGAGCGCAGUUCGCGCCCGGAGCGUAAGAGGAGAGACUCGUUCGGGAUGUUUGAUGGCUACGAGAGCAGCGAGGAGUCGAGCAGCAGCUCCAGCUCGGAGGACAGUGAGGAUGAAGUGCGCAGCAUCCCCGCCAGCCUGCCCAUUAUCAAGAACAAUGGACAGGUGUACACCUACCCAGAUGGAAAGGCUGGGAUGGCAACGUGUGAGAUGUGUGGGAUGGUUGGAGUACGAGAUGCUUUCUACUCAAAAACCAAGAGGUUCUGUAGUGUGUCCUGCUCCAGAAGCUACUCCUCCAAUUCUAAAAAAGCCAGCAUACUGGCAAGACUUCAGGGUAAACCUCCAACGAAAAAGGCAAAAGUCUUACAGAAACAGCCUUUAAUGGCAAAGUUGGCAGCUUAUGCACAGUAUCAAGCAAAUCAGCAGAGCCAGUCUAAAUCAAAAUCAGUGGUUCCUGUUGAGGGCUUUGACUGGGGCCGAUACAUUUGUAGCAAUAACCUGACCGGAGCACCAGUAUCCUGUUUUAAACACGUACCCAUGGGUUGUUUCUGGGGUGACGUCACUGAGGGUGUGAGGGUAGAGGUCCUCAAUUCUGACACACACCUCUCUACCAAAGUUUACUGGAUAGCAGGGAUUGUUAAAUUGGCAGGUUUUAAAGCGCUUCUACGAUAUGAGGGAUUUGAUAAUGACUCGAGCCAUGACUUCUGGUGUAAUAUGUGUGUACCAGAAAUCCAUCCUGUGGGAUGGUGUGCCUCAAACGGAAAACCUCUGGUACCUCCAAAAUCAAUCCAACAUAAGUGCUCUAACUGGAAAGCAUUUCUUGUGAAGCGACUCACUGGAGCCAAAACUCUCCCACCUGAUUUUGCUACAAGGGUGCAGGAGGGCACGCAGUACCCGUUUAAGAAGCUAAUGCGAGUGGAGGUGGUGGAUAAGACCCAUCUGUGCCGGACGCGCGUGGCCCUGGUGGAGCAGGUCAUUGGAGGUCGUCUGCGGCUGGUGUACGAGGAAAGCCAGGACGGCACAGAUGACUUCUGGUGUCACAUGUUUAGUCCACUGAUCCAUUCCAUUGGCUGGUCGAGGAGUAUUGGGCACCGCUUCAAAAGAUCUGAUGUGACAAAGAAAAUCGAUGGUCUGAUGGAUGCUCCUGCCCAGUUAUUUCUGAAGGUGAAGGAUGUGGACCAGAGUGGGGAUUGGUUUAAAGAUGGUAUGAAGCUGGAGGCAAUAGACCCUCUCAAUCUUUCAGCCAUAUGCGUUGCUACUGUAAGAAAGGUGUUGGCAGACGGGUACCUCAUGAUUGGGAUUGAUGGCUCGGAGGCGGCAGAUGGAUCUGAUUGGUUCUGCUAUCACUCCACUUCUCCCUCCAUCUUUCCUGCAGGCUUCUGUGAAAUCAACAGCAUUGAGCUAACGCCCCCGAGAGGGUACACCAAACUGCCAUUCAAGUGGUUUGACUAUCUCAGAGAAAUGGGUUCAAUAGCAGCCCCCGUCAAGCUCUUCAACAAAGAGGUCCCGAAUCAUGGCUUCCGUGAAGGGAUGAAGCUGGAGGCAGUAGACUUGAUGGAGCCACGCUUGGUGUGUGUAGCCACUGUGACCAGGAUCAUUCACAGACUCCUGCGCAUCCACUUUGAUGGAUGGGAGGAUGAAUAUGACCAGUGGGUGGACUGUGAGUCUCCAGACCUUUACCCAGUGGGCUGGUGUCAGCUCACUGGAUACCAGCUACAGCCGCCUGCUGCACAGACGACAAGAGAAACGCCUCCUAAUGUGACGAAGCAGAAAAAGAAAGCUUCACAGUACAAAGGACAGAAGAAAAAGAGGAAGAUUCCAGUUGGGAGGAGGCCGGUCGUGUUUGAUGUGCCUCUGAGGAGGAGCAGUUUCUCAGACGAUGAAGAGCAGACCCCACCCCAUUACCUGUCCAACCCGUCUGGGUCCAGGCGACCUCCUACCUCAGGUGUGGGGCGUGAAUGCUCUAUCAAAUCAGAGGCCUCGCUGCAGCUAAAGGAGGAGACUCCGGAGGUGGACGAGUUCACCUUCUCGCAGGGCAUCUCGGACCAAGAGAGCAACGGCUCGGGCAGUUACUACAUCAAACAAGAGCCGUGAGCCCCAGCCCUGGCGGAGCCUUACCUCACUGCCAACAGCACUGGAAGAGCCCAUUCAGAGCGAUGCACACGGGACCUGGGAGAACAGGGUCACUUCUUUUUCCUCUUCCACACCAGGUCUUUUUUUUCUUUUUCAGGUGAGAAAAGCUGACGAAGAGACAAUUCGGUAAGAGUGAGCCGUGCGAGGUUUUGAUGGGGAUUUUCUUUUGGAUUUAUGAGGAUAUUUGUGAUUUUUCCUGACUUUGAACAAUUUGCCAGAUGGACUUUUUCCUCAGUGUUCAUUGUACUUGAAGUUUUUAUUAUAUAUAUAUUUUUUCCUUGUAACAUUUUGAGUAACAUUUUCAAGACCGCGGGUCUCAUGCGCUGAUUUAUUUUAUUUUUUUUCUUCCUUUUCCUUUUCAAAAACCCCUUUUGUUCGGAUGGGUGUGCAUUUCUGUAAGAGCAGUAAAAAUCUAUAUUGAUCUAUAGUGAUGAUGAUAAAGUAUAUCCUUCUAUCUAUGAUAUAUUAACUGAAUAGUAGAAUAGUGGAGCGCGGGUUAAUAUUACAUAUUGGUCGUACACUUUCCUGGUAAGAAGAGGUAUAGCCUAAUGGAAAACACUGUCACAUGUUGCACUACAGGGAUGUAAAAUUAAAUGUACUAUAUCAGCCUGUGAAAACAUUGAAGUUACAGCUUUAUUGUAUUAAGUGGCAAACAGGUGUACAAGAUAUGGAGUGGCUGAAAAUACAAAAUUAAGGCAGGGGAUAUAUUGCUCUAGUUAACGUAUAGAUAUGCAAGAUCCUUUAUUUGAUAUGAAGCCAAUGCUGAAAAUCUGUUAAUCCCUUUGGAGCCAUUUUUAUAGAGCUGGUUUAAGUAUUUCAUGAGCCGCAGAAUUCAGAAUCAAACGUGUACUUAAAUGUCAUUAUUACCAACAAAAACACUAUCUCUUGCCAUUAUGUCUGAUAAAGUAGCACAGCAGAGGAACUUUAAACGAAACUCCUGAUCAUGCUGUAUAUUUGUAUAAUGUGAGAUUUGAGCUGAUCAUUACGAUGCCAGUUUACCAGCUUCUCUCUUUUUCUCUCUCUCUCUCUCUCUCUGCGUGUGUACCGAACCAAUGAGCGAUUAAGCCUAUCCUCUAUCCUGAGAGCGAGCAUCAGGCCGAUGUAUUUUAAUCACAUUUAAUCACAUUCUUUCAGAAUAAAGGUUUUUGUACUACCUCUUAAAGCGAGUUUUAAAUAUACGUAGGUUAAUUAAGGGUUCAUGUGUAAUCAGAGUUGGUUUUGUUGGUUCUUAAUUACACCUUACUGCAAUAGGUCGGUCGUUUUCACACACCAUCGGAAGGACUAUAAUUCACCAUAUGCAAAACAAGAGUUUAUAACUUCACAUGCACUUGGGCAAACCAUAUUACACUUUACAAGUUACCAAACAUUUAUAUUUGUAACAUAUAGCACGUUAUUGACAGAGUCCUUAAAGUGGAGAAAAAGAUAUGCAAUAAUACAGUAAUUUUAUGUUUUAUGAUGUCUUAUUCUUAAAAAAAAAAGAUAAACAAAAAGACACAAACACACACACUCACAAAUAUAUGCUUACAUUCUAUAGACCUAAAUCAGAUGUUCUUACAAUAUAUUGCAAAACUGUGACAAUUUUAUAGAAGCUAGACUUGAGCGUUCCCUGUUAUUGAACAUGUUUUAUUGUAUAAAACCUGACUGUCGUAUAGAAAACAAGCGAUAUUGUUUGCAUAGUGAUUUUAUCGUAAUAGAACUAUAAUCUCUAUCUAGUACCAGUAAGGCUGUUGGUGAAUUCUCAGGAAAUCUUGCAUUUCAUUGGCUUUCUUUUUAUUAUUGCUUGUUAUAUUAUUGAAUCAAGGUUUCUUCAUAUUGACGAUUAAUGUGAAUUAUUAUUAUUAUUAUUAAUAUUUUCUUUUUCUUUUUUUUCUUUUUUUACAUUUAUUAUUCACUUACAGUACCUCACUGAGUAAUGCAGAACUCAGAAGCUAAUCAAUCAGUAAAUUCCUGCAGGGUUUGCUGUUUUUCCUGCUCCAUUACGCACGAUUCCUCACGAUUCAGCUCCUGAAGCUCUUGAAUCUUGUGAAUCUUAACCUGAAAAACUCCAAACUUUACAGUAAUUAUGUUCAUUAUGACAGACCUUGAGUAACAUUUGUUUUAUAUAGAUAUUCUGAUCUAGACCCAUUUAUCCCCGUUUCUUAAUCUCCUCCUUAAAAUGUAGAUUUUAAAUCCUUAUAAUAAAUAGUAGGUUUAUUCUUAUAAUUUGUUAAAAAAUUUGGUUUUGGUGUUUAUAUUCUUUAUUGGCAUUUAGUUGAUUUCCACAUGCGCAGUUUUAAAAAUUCCAACCGAUUUUUUAGUUGUAAUUAUUGUUAUUAUUUUGUGUUUAAAACUUUUUUUAUAGCCACACGUGACGACAUUUGAAGCGAUACCAUUCUGAGCUACAAUGUUUUGUAUUGUUUUGUCGUUAUUUUGGUUAAUAGUGCUUCUGAUUUGAUUUUGAUUUAGACGUUUGUGAAGAUCUUUCCUUUUCCUUCCAUCAGACUGUUCACUCUCAUGGUCUGGUGUUCUAAACCAGUCUCAGUUUUCUAUCUAGGCUAUUCCUCCCAAUCACAGCAUCAGGAAUUAAGGUCAACACUGGUUUUGAUGUCAGCUCACUUUGGUAUUCUUUUUUUUUUUUUUUCCUUCUUCUUACGACCAAAAUCACCUAAUCGUUUGCGUAUAUAUAUAUAUAUAUAUGUAUAUAUAAAGACGUGACUGUUUCGAGGCAUGAGAUUUUUGCUGCUACCCUCAAACGAAUCUUAACACACCCUAAACGCACAACUUCACCUUUAAAGCUAAAUCUUCUUCGUCAGUAAAUUUGAUGCCUUAUCCUCUUUUUUCAGUAUUAAGACGAAAAAAAAAAAUAAGGAGCUAAAUUAAGGGAUUAAAAAUCUACAGUAGGUCGAUAAUCAUCAGUGCAUGCCGCAGUGUGAGAAUCCGCUGAAGGUCCUGCCGGUCCUGCUCUGGUCUUGAAUACUAACACGGGUUUUUUGUGAUAUUUUCCCUGUCCUUAGUAAUUAAUUACAUCAUGGUGCUAUAUAUAUAUUUGAUAACUCAUUCAUUUGAUCUGUGAGAGGAAAUCAAGUCAGUAAUUUUAGGUGAAAAAACCUGAAUAUAAAAGUAAAAUAUAUUAAAAAUGAAAAAUUUGUAUUUUGGAUACCAGUAGCUGAAUGAUUUGUAAUAAUAAUGAUAAUAAAAACUGAACUAACAUUGAACCCUCAUGGUACACAGAGGUGAGGGGGGUUUGGGUUUGUAUCUUUUUUGAUAGAGUCUGUAAAUGUUCUUUCCUCUUGUUUCCUAUGAUCAUUUGUGCCGUGAUAUAGGGGGUUUGAUAGCGUAUAAUGUAUAUAAUUAUUAAAAUGUGUGUUGGGGGGAAGCUCUUGUUGGUUGAGAAUGUUAAUUUGUUUACAAGCAUUGCAAACUGUUUCCGCAUGGCUGUGAAAAAACGUACCUGUUGAUUUUGGAAGACAAAACAAACAUUUUACACUGAAUUAAAGAUGCUUUAAAAACAAAA